AUGGCGGGCCUUAGUGGACAGAUGCAAUGGGUUAUGCGAGAGUUCCAGGCGCUGCUGAAGGAUCGGCAGACCAUCUCAGGCGAGGUGAUGAAUGAGUAUGAGCAGAAAUUCGUCCUACCGCGAGCUAUGCCGGAAGUGAGAGACGCAUGCGUCAUGACGAGCGAAGCAGAGAUGAUCGGUGUGCGCGAUUGGCAGCUUCGCCAGUCUGCCCCAUCGCAGACGCCAACGGCCAGCAUGGAUACCACUGCCCUUCAGGUCAAGAGCGCCAGCAAGAGUGCGAGACAGGGAAGAAAGACGGGAGGCGGCGAGUCGCUCAACCCAUGGUGA